AUGGCUCUGGGCAGUCUCAUCUGGCCUGUGCUUCUAUCUGCCCACCCAAAACGAUUAAGUUUUGACGUCGUGAGGCAAGUCACUGCGAGUAAAGCAACCAAACAAAGGUCCCCGAAGAGCCUAGAGCCGAAAAAUGGGGCGGAGACGAUGGUCUCCCAUUUUGGAUCAACAACUAAUUCGAAUCACAAUGUUGUGCAUGCAGUACCUCUGCUGAUCGCCGUUGCCCUUCUCCUUAUUGUUUGCCCCCACCUUCCCUCAUCUCUUGGUCCUGACAGUUGCCCUCUCGCAGGUCAUAGCUGGAUCUUUUCCCCGGAAGCAAGGCAGCAAGGCAGCUAUGCCGCUGGAGACUUAGCAGAGCUCUUGUUUCCAGUUGUUCAUCUCCAGUACAGAAAGUAUUGGUCUCGGUGGUACAUCGGCCCCUCGAAUCAGAUGAAUCAUCAACAGAGUGUGCUUGUCAUCGACUUCUCUUUUGAGUGGCCCACGAGGGGAUUCCGCUUGUCCAUUCCGUCUUGGUUAUGCAUUGGAGUCGUGUUAGAGCGGAACCUGAUCUAUGUGUCUCGGCUACGUCAUUGGGCAUCAAUCACAAUGUAG